CCAUCUUCUCUUCUUGGCUGAAAGCACAAUGAACAUGUAAACGAGUGUUUUCUCCUAUGACUUAUUUUAACUCAAUUUGAAAGAAAAACCAGAUGGCUUCACUGCCUCGAGUACGUGUUACCGAAUUUUAGUUACUCCGACGAUAUCUGAGGUACACAGCAAUGACUUUGAGUUACAUUUUUAUCGUGCUUCUUGGAUAUUUUGCCGGUACGGCCGCGUCUCAGAAAGCACGCAAUGUACCAGCCUUUCCUCGCUUCGUGGACCAUCCUUUUCAACAUGGCGCGCCCACGCACCUCCUAGACUACCCUCUUCACCCUUUAUUCCACCACGCCUGUCAAUCAGCUGAGUGCCCGGUAGGGUAUAAGAUAUGCUGCCUCUUAAACGGGGGCAAUUGCGGGUGCAAAUGUGUGCCAAUGCUCCACCACUGCAGCUACGCAUGGGAAGAUGAAUGCCCGUUGCCACAUCGCCCUAACUGUGCGCAUACGGACGCAGAAGACCUCUGCCACUGCGACUUUGCUGGAUUCUAUGCAGUGCUGGGCUUAUCCAAAUAGAACGACGCGUCUAUGCGGUUGAAUCAACAUGACAACAUUCCAUUAGGUUUGAAUGUAUGCACAAAGGUUGAUAAAACGCUAAAUAAAUCUCUGGCUUUUGGC